AUGUUCUAUUCCUUUCAUUCAUCUAUCUAUCUAUCUAUCCAUCUAACCCAGUCUAUUCCCAUUCAUCUAUCUAACCCAGUCUAUUCCCAUAUUCAUCUAUCCUAUCUAUCUAACCCAUCUAUUCCAUGUCAUCUAUCUAUCUAUCUAUCUAACCCAGUCUAUUCCCAUCUAUCUAUCUAUCUAUCUAUCUAUCUAACCCAGUCUAUUCCAUUCAUCUAUCUAUUCAUUCAUCUAUCUAACCCAGUCUAUUCCUAUCCAUCUAUCAACCCAGUCUAUCCAUGUCAUCUAUCUAUCUAUCUAUCUAUCCCAGUCUAUUCCUAUUCAUCUAUCUAUCUAUCUAUCCCAGUCUAUUCCCAUCUAUCUAUUCUAUCUAUCUAUCUAUCUAAUUCCAGUCUAUUCCCAUCCAUCUAUCUAAUCCAUCUAUUCCAUGUUCAUCUAUCUAUCUAUCUAAUCCAGUCUAUUCCAUGUUCAUCUAUCUAUCUAUCUAUCUCCAGUCUACCCAUCUAUUCCAUGUUCAUCUAUUCAUCUAUCCAGUCUAUUCCAUAUUCAUUCUAUUUAUCUAUCUAUCUAUCUAAUCCAUGUUCCCAUUCAUCUAUCUAUCUAACCCAGUCUAUUCCAUGUUCAUCUAUCUAUCCUUUCUCCUACCCAGUCUAUUCCAUUCUAUUCCAUGUUCAUCUAUCUUUCUAUCUAUCUAACCCAGUCUAUUCCAUUCAUUCAUCUAUCUAUCUAUCUAUCAUCUAUUCCAGUCUAUUCCUAUCUUUCAUCUAUCCCCAGUCUAUUCCUAUUCAUCUAUCAUCUAUCCAACCCAGUUUAUUCUAUUCAUUAUCUAUCUAUUCAUCUAUCAUCUAUCUAACCCAUCUAUUCCAUCUAUCUAUCUAUCUAUUCAUCUAUCUAUCUAUUCCAUCUAACCCAUCCAUUCCAUGUUCAUCUAUCCUAUCCAUCUAUCCAUCUAUCAUAUCUAUCUCCUUAUCAUCUAACCCAGUCUAUUCCAUAUUCAUCUAUCUAUCUAACCCAGUCUAUUCCUAUAUAUCUAUCUAUCUCUCCUAUCUAACCCAGUCUAUAUUUCAACCCAGUCUAUGUAUCAUCUAUUAUGUAUUCAUCUAUCUAUCUAUCCAUCUAUCUAACCCAGUCUAUUUCAUCCAUCUAUCUAUCUACCCAGUCUAUUCCAUGUUCAUCUAUCUUAUCUAUCUAACCCAUCUAUUCCAUAUUCAUCUAUCUAUCUAUCUAUCUAAUUCAGUCUAUUCCUAUCUAUCUAUCUAUCUAUCUAAUCCAGUCUAUUCCAUUCAUCUAUCUAUCUUUUAUCUAUCUAUCCAUCUAUUCUAUUCAUCUAUCUAUCUAUCCCAUCUAUCUAUCUAUCUAACCCAGUCUAUUCCCUCAUCUAUUCAUCUAUUCAUCUAUCUAUCUAAUCCAGUCUAUUCCUAUCUAUCUAUCUAUCUAAUCCAGUCUAUUCCUUCCCAUUCAUCUAUCUAUCUAUCUCAUCUAACCCAUCUAUUCCUAUUCAUCUAUCUAACCCAGUCUAUUCCCAUUAUCUAUCUAUCUAUCUAUCUAACCCAGUCUAUUCCUAUUCAUCUAUCUAUCUAUCAUCUAUCUAACCCAGUCUAUUCCUCAUCUAUUCAUCUAUAUUCAUCUAUCUAUCUAUCUAACCAGUCUAUUCCUAUUCAUCUAUCUAUCUAUCUAUCUAUCUAUCUAUCUAUCUAUCUAACCCAGUCUAUUCCUAUCUAUCUAUCUAUGUUUGUUCCAUUUAUUUCUUUUCAAGCUUUCUUUCAAUCUCCCUCUUUUUAUCCUUUUGACUUUUCAUUCUUUUCCUCUUCUUUUCUUUCUCUUUUCUCCUCUUACUUUUUUCUUUUCUUCCAUUUUCUCUUUUCUCCUUUUACUUUUUUCUUUUCUUCCAUUUUCUCUUUUCUCCUCUUAUUUUGCUUUUCUUCUUUCUUUCUUCCAUUUUCUCUUUUCUUCUUUUACUUUUUAUUUUCUUCUUUCUUUCUUACAUUUUUCUCUUUUCUCCUCUUACUGUUCUUUUUUUCUCCUCUUUCUUCUUUCCUUUUUAUUCUCUUUUCCUACUUCACUCUCUGA